GAGCAAACGCUCAGUGCUUGGAUGACUCGCUGACCAUCGUCGAUACCCCCAAAAAAAAAGAAAAAGAGAAUUUUUUUUUUCUUGGAGUGCACGGUCUUCUCUCUCUCUCUCUUUCUAUACAUACACAAGAGAAUCGGUCACUCUCGCUAGCGUUUUGUUGCUCGCGAGCUUUCCUUCAGCAAAAAUUACUCCUGCGAGCGCCGUGUUUCUCGCUAAGUCGCCAGGUUGAGUUGAGGUGGUGAGCUUCUGAAAGAUUUUGAGACGGUGAUAACUAUGGAGUCCAACUUUACUGGAUCUACUCAUGCUGCGGAUGAUUUCGAGACCAAUAGCCUCGCUCACCCAGCAAAUUCAGAUCAUCCCUCGAAUCUCUUGGAUGGAUUCGACAUAAAUAAUUUUUACGUUGAUUUCAACUCCACAGAAAUUACCUCUCUCCUUUACCAAACUGAACCUGCUUAUGACAACCCAUCUGCUGCAGUUAACCUUGAUGGAGACUUUGAUUUUCCAUCCACGGAUGUGAGUUCCAAGGAUGCCUCGCUGCAACAUUCUACGAUCUCCAAUGGAAGCCCAAGUCAAGGGGGGGAAUCUUUCUCCCCUCCCUCUGAUUACAGCAACUCGACAGAUCCUGUUCUCCGGUACAUACAUCAGAUGCUUGAGGAGGAGAAUGUGGAAGAGCAACCCUGGAUAAGUCCUGAUGAUUUUGCUCUACAAGAUACAGAGAAAUCCUUGUAUGACUUGCUCGGUGAGAAUUCUACUUUUUCUCCUGAACCGGCUGUACAAUUCGACAUCAAUCAGUUCAUUGACAGCCCAAGCAGCAACUCUUAUGAAAAUAGCAGCGAUCAAGGUGGUGAUGGCACUACUGACACCAGAACCAACUGUAGCCAGUUUUCUGGUCCUAAUUCACCAGAUAAUCCUGAAGGAAAAAACCAGGCUGUCCUUCAGGGCCCAUAUCCUGGUAAUGGGGUCUUGCCGUCGAAUAUGGGUACCAGUUCCCAGCUGCAUACCAAUCCGAUGAGCAGCUUGCAGCAUCAAGAUGAGUUCAGUGAUUCCUUCCCAAGCGAUCUCCUGGUUAGCAAUAUGUUCAGCAACAGUAAUUCUAUUCUGCAGUUUAAUAAAGGUUUGGAGGAGGCCAGGAAAUUCCUGCCCAGUAGCAUCCAAUUAACGAUCAAUCAGGAGGAUUACAAGUCGGCUCCAAAUGUCAGAGAGCCUGGAGAGAAUGGCACUGAUGAUGGGAAGAGUGUGAAGAGUCGCUCAGAGAGUGGGUCAUGGGGGAGAAAGAAUCACGAGAGAGAUGAUGAGAGUUUCGAAGAAGGGCGAGCCAAUAAGCAAUCGGCAUCAUAUACAGAAGAUGGUGAGCUUUCUGAAAUGCUUGAUAAGGUAUUGCUCGGCUGCGGUUUAGGGGGUCAAAUGUCGGGGUGCACACCCGAGAACAUGAGCCAAUCCAAGGGCCCACCUGGUCCAAAGGGUGGCAGGGUUCGCCGUAAGAAGGGAAAUAAGAGCACAGCAGACUUGAGGAGUCUUCUGAUUCUCUGCGCCCAAGCUGUCUCUGCUAAUGACUUCAGGACAGCUUAUGAACUGCUAAAGCAAAUUAGACAAGAUUCUUCUGCCUCUGGUGAUGGCUCUCAAAGAUUGGCGCAUUACUUUGCCAAUGGGCUGGAAGCACGCCUUGCAGGCAGUGCCGGUGAUAGACAAACCUUUUUCUAUUCUUCCGAAUUGCAGAAGAGGACAGUAGCUGAUAAGUUGAAGGCAUACCAGCUUCAUCUUUCGGCCUGUCCAUUUAAGAAAUUGCCCAUCCUCUUCGCAAAUGUCGUUCUUCUCAAGAUUGCAGCUACAGCGAAGGUGCUUCAUAUUAUAGACUUUGGAAUCUCUUUUGGUUUUCAAUGGCCAAUCCUUAUCCAGGAGCUCUCAAAAAGAGAUGGUGGACCUCCUGAGCUGCGAAUUACUGGAAUUGAGAUUCCACAAUCUGGCUUUCGUCCUGCCGAGAGAAUCGAGGAGACAGGUCGUCGUUUGGCUAAGUAUUGCGAGCGCUUUAAGGUUCCCUUCGAGUUCCAUGCGAUACCAUCAAGGAACUGGGAGUGUAUCAGAGUUGAGGAUCUCAAGAUCCAAAGUGGCGAGAUCGUUGCAGUGAAUUGUCUCUCUCGAUUUAAGAAUCUUUAUGAUGAGACGGUUGAGGUGGAUUGUCCACGAGAUGCUGUCUUGAGGCUAAUCAGGAGUAUAAAACCAGACGUCUUUGUUCAUGGCAUAAGUAACGGAUCCUAUAAUGCGCCCUUUUUCUUGACUAGAUUCCGUGAGGCUCUUUUUCAUCUGUCUGCAAUAUAUGAUAUGUUAGAUGCUACUGUACCCAGUGACAAUGACCAAAGGGUAGUCGUGGAGAGAGAGUUCUAUGGACGGGAAAUUAUGAACGUCGUGGCAUGUGAAGGCUUGGAGAGGAUUGAGAGGCCUGAGACAUAUAAGCAAUGGCAAGUUCGCGUUGCCAGGGCUGGUUUCACACAGCUUCCUCUAGAUCAGGAGGUCAUGGAGAUGGCUAGAACUAAGAUGAGCAGACACUACCCCAAGGAUUUUGUGCUUGCUGAAGAAAGCAAGUGGAUGCUGCUUGGUUGGAGGGGCCGGAUAAUUAGUGCUUGCACUUGUUGGGUGCCCAUAUAGAUUACUCCCAAGGCAUGUUUUCUAACUUGACGACUGGCAAUUGGUGAGAUUCUUGCUGAACUGCCGGGCCAGGAGCACAUGUGAGAGAGAGGCUGAGGUAAUGCUAAUCUUCAGAUCACUUGAAGGAGCAAAUACACUGAUGUGAAAUGGGCUGCAAACUGUUGCAACAAAAGAAGAAUAUCACAAGAGAUGAAUCUUAAGUGAUUGCUAUUUUGGGAGGAACUAUGACAGAUAAAACUGUUGUUACAAGGAUCUCAAUCGAGGGAUUGGGAGCAUUUGUGCAAUUUUAUUUCUGGCAGUGGUGGUCAAAAGGAUUUGGUUAUCUAUGUAGUGCAGUGCCAACUUUAUACGUUUUCUUGUUUGUUGGUGUUUGUAAGUUUUGGGCAGUAUAAUUGACUUAUAUCUGCUGUUCCAGUACAAUAUCUGGGAUAUGCUUAUGAUUUAGGUCAAAGAAUUAUGGUGUCAAUAACAUCGCUAGAUAUGUCGAAGUAGACUCUUAGCCUUACCCAAGGCCCACGAGGUCUUCCAUUAUUGAUUUAUUUCAAGUGCAUGGUA